AUGCGCAUGCUCUUCCUCGUGCUCGUCGCGCGCUCGGGAGCCGGAGUGGCGGGGUCGGAGCUGCUGCAACGGCGCGAGUGGCCGCGAGGGGUCGUGCUGGGGCUCGCCAGAGAACGAGGCCACGGCGCGGCGCUCGCGGCGGCGCACGGGGCAGCUUUGAGCAGUGCAGCGCCUCAACAUCAGCUUCAAGCAGUGCAGCGCAACGCCAGUGGCCUCUCUGGAGCUGUGCGGCGGCUGGCGGGCCUGUGCGACGGCGCCGAUCCGUGGGCUCGGGACGCGCAGUCGGCUCGCGUGCCGGUUGCCGAGUCAGCCUGGCUGGCGAGAAGCGCCAAGGCCUUCCCUGCAUUCUGGGCGCUGCCCAGAAGUGCGCAGUGCCUUUGCUGCGCCGACGGGCGGCCUCGAUGCGGAUUGCCGCGAGUGGCGUGGGAGCCUCCAGUGGCACGGUCGUUGCCCAACUUUGACUAUCGAUUGCCGCCGGAACCGGAGGCCGUCUUCCUCAACCAACCAAACCUCAUUACCGACUGCCGGAUUUUGAGGGAGGAUUCCGGGUAUGUUUUUCUCUUUUCGGUGUACCUGGCGCGAAAAUCUGUGCUGCCGCGAAAUCUGUGCUGCCGCUUCCCAGCAACCCUCAGCUUCCUCGAUAUGGCGCAAGACGCGUUCGCGCAGGGUGUGCGCGAGCACUUUGAGGUCUUUCUCGAGAGCUUCUCGAGCGAGCCUGCCUCGGCGCACGACACCUCGUCGACCGCGGGCGGGAUGGCGCUCGACUACAUGGAACAGCGGACGACUCUGUACGUCGACUUUCGCCACAUCGAGAGCACGGACCAGAGUCUGGCGGACGCCAUCACCGCCGAGUACCACUACCUGGAGGACGAGCUGCGCAGCGCCGUGCGCAACAUCAUGCGCAAGCGGUACCCCGAGUACGCCACCGAGGAGAAGGAGUUCUUCGUCAACUUUUACAACACCUCGGCGCUGCUGCGCGUGCGCGACAUGAAGUCGGAUCGCGUCGGCAAGCUGACGAGCUUCUCGGGGACGGUCACGCGCACCUCCGAGGUGCGGCCGGAGCUCGUGACCGGCAUCUUCGAGUGCGAGCUCUGCGGCGCCACGUCCGACCCGCAGUUCAAGUACUGCGAGCCGCAAAAGUGCAGCAACGCGUCGUGCCCGAACAAGACCAGCUGGCGGCUCAAGCACUCCGUCGGCGAGUCCGUCUUUAUGGAUUGGCAGCGCAUCCCCGCCGGCUCGAUGCCGCGCACCAUCGACGUCAUCCUGCGCGGCGACACCGUCGAGCGCGCCAAGGCUGGCGACAAGUCCAUCUUCACGGGGACCCUCGUGGCCGUGCCCGACGUCGCCCAGCUGUGCGCACCGGGCGAGCGGCUCGAGAUGGUCUCGAAGGUCGAUGCGCGCAACCCCACCGACGGCGUGUCGGGGCUCACCAAGCAGCUCGGCUGCCGCGAGCUCACCUACCGGCUCGUCUUCCUCGCCUCGUCGGUGCAGCCCGCCGAGCUGCAGUCGGGCUUCGUCAACAUCCGCGACGACUCGGAGGAGGCGAUCCUCAACUCCUUCUCGGCCCAGGACAAGGACACGAUCGAGGCGAUGCGGACCACGGCGGGCAUCUACGAGAAGCUGGCCAAGGCGAUCGCGCCGACCAUCUACGGCCACGAGGAGAUCAAGAAAGGCAUCCUGCUCAUGCUCCUCGGCGGGGUGCACAAGGAGGCCAAGAAGGAGGGCGGCGGCGACGGCACCAAGCUGCGCGGCGACAUCAACUGCUGCCUCGUCGGCGACCCGUCGACCGCAAAGUCCAACUUCCUCAAGUACGUCUGCUCCAUCCUGCCGCGAGCCGUCUUCUCGUCGGGCAAGGCCUCGACCGCCGCCGGCCUCACCGCCACCGUCUCCAAGGACGAGGAGACGGGCGAGUUCUGCAUCGAGGCCGGCGCGCUCAUGCUCGCCGACAACGGCAUCUGCUGCAUCGACGAGUUUGACAAGAUGGACGACAAGGACCAGGCGACGCUCAACGCGCGGGCGUCGAUCCUCGCCGCCGCCAACCCGAUGGACGGCCGGUACGACCGGCGCAAGACGCUCAAGCAGAACCUCAACCUCACGCCGGCCAUCAUGAGCCGCUUCGACCUCUUCUUCGUCGUGCUCGACGAGCAGGACGAGCGGACCGACCUCGCGAUCGCGUCGCACAUCGUGUCGUUGCACCAGCACGGCUCGCUCGCGCACCUGACGCAGCAGCCCGACUUCUCCACCUCCCAGCUGCAGCGCUACAUCCGCUACGCGCGCUCGCUCAAGCCGGCCCUCUCCGACGCGGCGGCGCGGCAGCUGGUGCAGUACUACGCCGAGCUGCGGCGCGGCGAGCAGGCGGACCCGGGCGCGUACCGCGUGACGGUGCGGCAGCUCGAGGCGAUGAUCCGGCUCGGCGAGGCGCGCGCGCGCGCCGAGCUCGAGCAGACCAUCUCGGUGGCGCACAUCAAGGAGGCGAAGCGGCUGCUCAAGGCGUCGAUCAUGCACGUCUCGCGCGACGACAUCGACAUGGUCGGCGACGACGACCUCGACGACGAGCUGCAGGCGCAGGUCGAGCGCGCCGAGCAGUACUCCAAGGUGUCGAAGUCGAUCGUGCUGUACAUCCGCUCGCAGGAGAGCCAGAACGAGACGGCGGGCAUGCGGCAGGGCGACGUCGUGGAGUGGGACUAUUAG